AUGAAGAAGGAAGUUGUAUGUGUGACUGUUGCAACAACUGUUAAGUUUAACUUAGAUAAUGAAGGGUGGUAUUAUUUGGUUUGCAACAAUUGCAACAAAAGGACUUAUGAAGCAGUUUCUUUCAAGUGCACUUAUUGUGAUAGAGAUAAUGCAUUACCUGUUUUCAAGUAUAGGCUCCAGGUCCAGGUCUGUGAUGAUUCAAACAAUUAUGCUAACUUUGUUGUAUGGGACCAAGAAUGUAGCAACAUUAUUGGGUUGUCUGCUGCUGAUUUGCAGAAACAAAUGAUUGAGGCUGGUGAAGAUGAUCCCCUUUGCUUUCCUGAUGCAUUGGAUGUAAUGCUAGGCUGUACAUUUGCUUUUAAAGUUCGAACGCAACCAAGAACUAAGUGUGCAUCUGUCAUUAAAGUUUCAAAUGUUUCAGAAAUAGUGGCACAUGUUAAAAGUCUUAUUCCUCCACUUCAAAUUGGUGAUGGUACUGAUAAAUGCAGUAUGGAUUUGGUUUCUGAGAGUUCCAGUGUUAUGGUUUCAGAAUUACGUGGGAAAGCUAUUUGUAAUUUGGCUGCAGACACUGAUACUGAUAUAAUGAGUUUGAGUGCAACUGGUGAUAAUGAGUCGGAUUAUGUUGUAAUUGGAACUCCAGGAAAGAGGUUAUUGCCAUGUAAUGAAAAUUGGAAUGAAUCUUCUCAGGACAUCGAUUCUGCUCAACUAUCCAGCACUAAGAUGAAGAAGCUUAUUAAGAAGGAGAAAACUUAAAUUAAGUUGUUCUGAUUUGUAUAUGUUUGAUGUAUAUAAUUUUGGGUGCUUUGGAACAGUUAUGG